GCCCAGCCAGCUUGCGUCACUGCCUCAGAGCAGAGAAGAGCGAGCUUGGGGAGCGAGACGAGUUUGAAGGGGAGGACUGGUGCGAGUGAGGCAGCCCCCGCGGCUCUGCUCGCCCACCGCCCGACCCUUUCCUCUCUUCUCCUCCGGCUUCUCUUUCUGCCAGCACCUACUCCCUGAAAACCCCCUAUUUAGCCAAAGGAAGGAGGUAAGGGGAAUCCUCUCCCUUCCCCCUCAAAAAAAAAAACAACAAACUUUUUCAGUCCGGAGAAAGCAGAGGACCGAGUGGUCACCAGCUAGCCAUGGAGCUUCUGUGCUGCGAGGUGGACCCGGUCCGCAGGGCCGUGCGGGACCAAAACCUGCUCCAGGACGACCGCGUUCUGCAGAAUUUGCUCACCAUCGAGGAGCGCUACCUUCCGCAGUGCUCCUACUUCAAGUGCGUGCAGAAGGACAUCCAGCCCUACAUGCGCAGGAUGGUGGCCACCUGGAUGCUGGAGGUCUGUGAGGAACAGAAGUGUGAAGAAGAGGUCUUCCCUCUGGCCAUGAAUUACCUGGACCGCUUUUUGGCUGGGGUGCCGACUCCUAAGUCCCAUCUGCAACUCCUGGGUGCUGUCUGCAUGUUCCUGGCCUCCAAGCUCAAAGAGACCAUCCCGCUGACUGCGGAAAAGUUGUGCAUUUACACCGACAACUCCAUCAAGCCUCAGGAGCUGCUGGAGUGGGAACUGGUGGUGCUGGGGAAGUUGAAGUGGAACCUGGCUGCUGUCACUCCUCAUGACUUCAUCGAGCACAUCCUGCGCAAAUUGCCCCAGCAGAGGGAGAAGCUGUCUCUGAUCCGAAAGCACGCGCACACCUUCAUCGCCCUGUGCGCCACCGACUUCAAGUUCGCCAUGUACCCGCCAUCCAUGAUCGCAACUGGAAGCGUGGGGGCAGCCAUCUGUGGGCUCCAGCAGGAUGAGGAAGUGAGCUCGCUCACUUGCGAUGCCCUGACUGAGCUGCUGGCCAAGAUCACCAACACGGAUGUGGAUUGUCUCAAAGCCUGCCAGGAGCAGAUCGAGGCGGUGCUCCUCAAUAGCCUGCAGCAGUACCGCCAGGACCAGCGCGAUGGAUCCAAGUCGGAAGAUGAACUGGACCAAGCCAGCACCCCUACAGACGUGCGGGAUAUUGACCUGUGAGGAUGCCAGUCGGGCUGAAAGAGAGAGGCGCAUUCAUAAUCUGCUCUCUCCUUCUCUCUGGUUAUGUUUUUUUCUUCGUGUCUUAGGAUGAAACUUAAAAAAAAAAAAAAAAAAUUCUGCCCCCACCUAGAUCGUAUUUAAAGAUCUUUUAGAAGUGAGAGAAAAAGGUCCCAUAAGAACAGAAUAAUUAAAAGCAUUUGGUGCCUAUUCGAAGUACAACAUAAGGGAAUCCCCUGUAUAUGCGAACAGUUAUUGUUUGACUAUAUAAAAGUAAUAGUAAAAUGCUUACAGGAAAACCUGCAGAGUAGCUAGAAAGUAUGUACGCCUGCAAUAUGGGAACAAAUUAGAGGAGACUUUUUUUUUCAUGUUAUGAACUAGCACAUACACCCGUUUUAGUAUAAUUUCCAGGAACUGUGUACGCCAUUUAUGGCAUGAUUAGAUUGCAAAGCAGUGAACUCAAGAAGGAAUUAGAAAUGAGGAGGGACACGAUGGGGAGGGAGUACAAAACAAUCUCUCAACAUGAUGGAACCAUUUUGGACAUAGAAGCAACUUUGCUCUCAACCACCCGUUACUAAGUCAGGAGUGUUGUUGGAUCUCUGCAUUAUGUCCUUUUGCUGUCUACAGUAGCUGCUACCUAAAAAAUGUUUGAUUUUGCCAGUUGGACACAGGCGAUUGGCUCCUGGGUUUCACGUUGUGUGAUAUCCUUCCUGCUUCUUCUUCCAAAUGUGGUUCGCUGCAGACACCACCGUACUGUUAUCUAAUGGGGACAUUUAGCGAUGGGCCGUAACCAAAACUCAGAUGAAACGGGGGCAGAUGGAGACCAAGGGCGGGAUCUGGAAUGGAAUCUUUUCUCUUACUGUAUUCAAGAGGGUAAUGUGACCUUGGCAUCCCUUAUUAGGAAAAACUAAUUUUUGGUGCUGAUUGGCAUGUCUGGUCCACAGUUUAGCAUUGUUAUAAACCAUUCCAUUCGAAAAGCACUUUGAAAAAUUGUUCCCGAGGGAUAGAUGGGAUGGUUUAUGCGAAUCAUGCUGAAUACUCCUUCCCUCUUCUCUUUGUCCCUUCCUGUCCUGCCCCAGUCUAGGUCCCUAUUCACUUCCGGUUUCUGACAUUCUCUGGUACAUAGUUCUGGUGCCCCUACCAGGACUCAAGAGACACCCCUUUCUGCUGACAUUCCCAUCACAACAUUCCUCAGAAAAGCCUAAAAACAAAGAUGUUACCAUUUUUAUGGCGCAGAAGGAUCUUAAUUCCCAUCUAUACACUCUCCUUUGGACAUGGAAAGAAAAGUUAUUGCUGGUGCAAAGGAAGGCGGCUGAACAUCAGGUGUGGCAUUUUGUUCCCUUUUCCGUUUUUUGUUAAUUUUAUUGCAAAGUUGUAUUCAGCGUACUUGAAUUUUUUUUUUUCCUCUCCACUUCUUAGAGGCAUUCAGUUAGCAAAGAGGUUGGAGCAACAACUUUUUUUUUUUUUUUUUGCACAAUUGUAAUUGACAGGUAAUGAAGCUAUUUGUUAAAAUAUUUGCCUUUUUUAAGUAAAAAAGAAAAAUCAGAACAGGGCUACUUUGAAGAAUUAUUUUAUACACAGAUUCUGCCUUGUUUCAUAGUAUGAGGGAUGAAGAUGGAGAAAAAUCUAAGGGUCUCUUAUUUUUCAUUUUAUUUUGUUCAGUUUUUUUAUUAUUUUUUUUUUUUUUGCGCUGCUAAGAAGCUAAGAUCGUUCAUCCUUAUUCACAUUAACAGUACCUAGCUGUAAUGUUUCACAGAGUGUGCUGCUAUUUUAUAAACAUUUUUAUAAUAUAUUAUUUUACUGCUUAAAUUCCAAGUCCUGAAAUAGAUGGUUGAGAUAUGAGUUCUUCGUACUGGAAAAGCCCUUCCAUAGUUUGUUUUCUUCCGGUAGCAUAUUCAUGAUUGUUUUUUCUUUUUGGUUUUCUGGGUUUGUUUUUUUUUUUUUUUCUCUGAUCACAUUCUUCAAAGACAGAGUAUUCUUUACCUCAGGUUUACUGGACAAAAUCAAUAACUACGAAAGACAAUGAUUCACAUUUUUGUUUUCAUAAUACCUCACAGCCGUACAGUUUGUGCUUGGGAGCCCAUUAGUGUGAGGAGCAGGCAAAGUGAGCGGGUCGGGACACCGACCCUCUCGGAUGGAAGGCAGGGUGGAUUUGGCCCAGGGUCUCACCCCCAGGGACCUUUUCCGUCAUGAAGGCCAUCAGGCUCCCAUUGUGACUCUGGUAUCCUCAUCAUAAUGGAAAAAAUACACUGAACCAAGGGAUCCUCCCUCCCCUACAAGGCAGACACUCAACACAAACAUUUAUGCAGUGGACUAGGAAGUCAUAAUUUGCACUUAGGUACCAGGUAUCAGGAAACAGACUAAAAAGAAUUCCAGCAGGCUGUUUGGAGAUCCUCAUCUUGCAGCUUUUUCAACAGCAGGGCUUUCAUCUGCAUGGGGCCCUUUCGUCUUCAAAGUUUCCCUUCUGUCUUUUCCGUUCCCUGGCAUGGGCACCCCCAGUCCAGGAUCAUCUCCGAAGUUUUCCGAGGUCUGAAUCUGUGGGUAGAUGAGUCUGCAGCGUGCAGCGUUGGUGGUGCUUUCUUCCCCCUCCUCUGCCUCUCACUGCACAGGCAAGCACGGUGCAAGGCCAGGUCGUCUGCUGAAGCACUAAAUGGUUUUCAGGUUUUAAAUCACAUUGAGUUGGCGUGAUAGAAAAAAACAGGUCAGAUGGGUAUGGGAUGGUGGCUGAAGGCAGAUAAAGAGGCUGCUUCUCUGCAGAGAUGAAAUUCCAGAUGAGUCAGUCUCUUGUGAAGUGUGUGUAGAAGGGUUCAGGACUUUGUGAGUUAGCAUGACCCUAAAAUUCUAGGGAAUUUCUUGUGGGACAGUGGGUGGUGAAUUCUGAAGUUUUGAUGAGGAAAGUUGAGCAGCCAGCAAGUCAGCCAGUGUUUUAUCAAGAGCCUACUUUGCAUAGCACACUAUUCUGGGCCCCAAGGAGUCCCGCAGAAUGGGGAAAGCCUAGUCCCAGGAGUCUGUGGGAGUCUUGGCGCCUAAAGAGAAAAUGAGGUGCAAAUUCAUUUUACAGUGACCAACUCUUGAGCUUAAACAGAAGCAGCAAGUGAAAGAACCCAAGGAGGAAAGGAACAGGCACCUGCCGUUUGUAACUCUCCACUCUUCUGUAGCCCUUGGGCCCACGGGUCCUUCUAGCUUUUUCUUUCCCACCUUGGGGGCCUAGUGUGAUGUGGGUAACGGGCUGCUGCCGGGAGGUGCUGGGUGGUUUGGCUUUUCUGCCUCCUCCCCGCUUAAAAGGAAGAAGGAAUCCUGGAUUUAUUUGUUCAAGUGACUGACGCCCUCUCCCUGGAUCUCGGUCUCCUUGUUGGAGUUUUUGUUCCAGAGGGGUUCAGGUCUCCCCAUGGAUUUGAAUUUGCUCUUUUUUUUUUUCUAUUUCUCACCUCCCACUAAAGGGGUUCCAAAUCUAGUCUGGUCUUUUUCUACUUUGUUGUCUCCUCAUCUCUUCUUUACUUCCUCUUCUUUGUUUUUUCUCCAUCAUUGGGGACAAUGUUGUUCCCCCAGCCUGCCAAAUUUUGAUCCUUCCCCUAUUUUGGCCAAAUCCUAGGGGGGAAGAAAUCCUAGUAUGCCAAAAAUAUAUGCUAAGCAUAAUUAAAUUCCAUGCGGGUUUGUAACAGCCAAGAAGCCUGCAGGAGAAAGCAAGGGGCAGUUCCCUCCGCAGAACACCUCACCGUACGACAGGCGAGCCCCUUGGAGAAGGGGCUGCUCUGGUAAGAGGCUUUAUUUUGAACUCCCCAGGACCCCCUGAAGAGUACACCAUGUCUCACCGCCUGGUUACCCUUGGUCUAUGUGCUCUAUACUGGAGGCUCUGCCUCUUUUAUCAGCCAGGUCAGGGGCACGCAUGGCUCGGAGGCUUAAGUGGCAAAGCCAGAGGAGAAAACAACCCUGACAGCAUCACACUGCAUCCCUUUGCUAGCAGGACGGGCGACUCUUCAGAGGGAGCUGCAGCCUUCCUGCGGUCUAGCACCUUCAGGGUCUCUCCAGACUGUGCCCUGGGAGCUCUGGGACAGACAGGUUAAGAACAUUAGGCAGGAUUGGAUGACUUUCUCAAAGAGGGCAGGGGAAUUUUCUCUCCAUGGGCCACAGGGGACAGGGCUGGGAGAAGAAGUAGACUUGCACCUUAUGUCAUGUAAAUAAUUGAUUUUCUAGUUCACGAAGAUAAUAUUGAUAGUGUGGGAAAUGGAAGUAGGAAUGAGGAGGAAGUCUGAGUAAGCCAGUUGGCUUCUAAGCCAAAAGGAUUCCUCUUUGUUUAUCUUUGAGACAGUCCAACCUUGAGAAUAGCUUUAAAAGGGAAAAUAGUGCUAAGACAGUCAAGUCCCCUUAAGCCAACAAACCCUCUGUAGCUAUAGAAUGAGCGCAGCUUCUAUUGGUGUGGACUUGGAGCAAUUUUCAAGAGCUGUUCACGCGGCAGCCGUCCAUUUGCACCAAAAUAGGAUAGGAAGAUUCAAGAGGAUGUUUAUUACUUCCUCACGCCACAUGGCUUUUAAUGAUUCUGGAUUCUGAACAACCCAGAAUAGUCAUUUCAGCCAGAAUGAUUCCACAUUUGUGUGUCUCUGCUUUUAAACUUGGCUGGGUUAUCAGACCCUGUUCUUGGCUCAGGUUUCAAGAAGCCAUCAGCACGUGUAUCCAUGCAUGCUGUCGCUGCAGCAUUCCAUCCUGUGCCUGCAGCCUACUUUGGGGAAAAAAAGUGCCUUACUGACUGUAGCCAUUACAGUAUCCAAUGUCUUUUGACAGGUGCCUGUCCUUGAAAAAAACAUUUCUGUUUUUACUUUUCAUUGGUUUUAGUUCUUACUGCUGGCCAACUCUUACAUCCCCAGCAAAUCACUGGGCCAUUGGAUUUUUUCCAUUAUGUUCAUUACCCUUGUACCAUGUACCUCAGAUCUCUCUCUCUCUUCUCUCUCUCAGUUACAGUUUCUCAUCAUGGACUUUUUUUCUUUUUUUUAUUCUUUUUUUUUUUUUGCUUUAAAAUGAGUGUGAUGCCAUAUCGAGUCAAUGUUAUUCUCUCACAAUGUACUCUAUAAGAGGUGUGGGUGUUUAUUUGGUCGGGAUGCUAGAAAGUGCUAAAGUAGCAUGGUCAGUGUAAACAAAAAGGUUUUUAGGAAGUAUGGCGAAAAAAUGUUGUAUUGGCUAUGAUGGUGACAUGAUAUAGUCAGCUGCCUUUUAAGAGGUCUUAUCUGUUCAGUGUUAAGUGAUUUUAAAAAAUAACCUGUUCUUCUGACUAGUUUGAAGAUGGAUUUGAAAAUGGUUUUGGAUGCAAUUAGGUUAUGCUAUUUGGACAAUAAACUCACCUUGACCUAAGUU